AUGAUGAUGAGCAUCCUCAACGCCAUUAAAAAUGCAGUGGUGUGUGUAGUCCUGCUGCCCCGCUUCCUGGUGGCAGCUGUUGUCUUCUGGCUGAUGGACUUCUUGUGCAUCAGGAAAAGGGUUUUCCUCAGAAUGAGGGAGCAGGUUGAUGAGAUGGAUCCUCCUCUCUGCGUAUCGGACUCCAACCGCCUCUUUAGCCUCGAGUCCCUUAAAGCCAUCUGGCAUGGACAGAAGCUGGACUUUCUGAAAGCGGCUCAUCUCGGACACGGAGCGCCGGACACCGAGGUCGUCCAGCUGGAGGACCAGCGGAGCAGCCGGAUCCUGGACUACGCCAGGGACAAGAGACCGCUCAUCCUCAACUUCGGCAGCUGCACCUGACCACCGUUCAUGGCGCGUCUGAAGGCUUUCCAAGGGGUGGCGCGGCAGAACGCAGACAUAGCGGACUCUGUGGUGGUGUACAUAGAGGAGGCGCAUCCCUCUGACGGCUGGAGGAGCACCGACGCGCCGGUUCAGAUCCCCAGACACCGGUGCCUGCAGGACCGGCUGAGCGCGGCGCAGCUCAUCCACCUGGAGGUGCCCGGCUGCCUGGUGGUGGUCGACAGCAUGGAGAACCCCUCCAACGCUGCGUACGGAGCUUAUUUUAACAGACUUUAUGUGGUGCAGGAGGGGAAGGUGGUCUACCAAGGCGGCAGGGGACCCGAGAGGUAUCGGAUCUCAGAGCUCAGAGACUGGCUGGACCAGCACAGAAGAAGUCUGGAAACAGUUCAGCUCAUUAAUGUGUAG